AUGCCCCCUACCUUUCACAUGAACAACUUCAAGCCGUGGGCUCGCUCUUACAGAAAGCCAUUCUCACCAUACAAAUCACCCAAUUACCACACACAACCAACCCAAAAAUCCCCUCGCCCCAAGCCUUAUCAUGAUUCCCUUCCAAGCACUUUGCCACUUCCUAAGCAUAAUCUCCCUGCACGGCCACCAGCCGAAGUUUGUGUGCAUAUCAACGCAAACACUCAGUUGUGUACAUCAUCAAGCUCUCAAUCUCAACCACUGGAAAUAUCUGUACCAGAACAGAAUACAUAUCUGGAGACUCCUAAGCACGGCACAACAUCUCCCCAUGAUUCAGCGCCUCACUUCUCAGAUCCAGAUCCAAAUUCCCGCUGCGAUAUUCAAGAUGACACUGAUAUCCCAAUCAACCCGGCAAUCCUUGCCAACCACUGGCCUUGGGAGGAUGGCAGUCUCCAGCAAUCUGUCCCACAAGCCGACAACUUCAUCAAUUCAGAGACUACUUGUUCAUAUCCUGACCCUCCACCCGUUCUUCACAGCCCACCUAACUAUCAUAGAGGUUCAUGCGAAAAGGCUGGUGACCAAUAUGGCGAUACUCAAACAAGUGACCACUCUCACAUCCAUGAUCAUCAACAACUGCACCCCUCACAACAUAACACCGAUCCCGACGCUGCCUACCCUGAUGGUGUCCGCGGGGACCAUCACGUCGGUGGACAGUCAAAAGUUCUAAGUGGAAGACGCAACAAUCAGAUGGGCGAGCUCACAAACGGCUUCAAGUUCCAUCAAUGUUGCCGACCAGGGAGGAUUCCUUCAUGCUUCGCUCUCACUUCAUGUCUGCCCCACUUGACGAUCGUUUGCAAUUCCUUUCUUGGCUAUUCGAAGGUGCUCUACCACAUUGCAUGUCUAGCUCUUCACUGACAGUAUGUGAAGAGAGAGAUGCGCUGGCAACCAGUUGCUCAAGUACCCCGCAUGAGAUUGAACAAAAUCGGCGUGAUCGUACAAAGGCUCGAGGAGGCUCCAGAAAGAAUAUGCUAUGGUCCAUGAAAGAGGCGAGCCUUUUGCUGAAGCUGAGAAAGGAAGAGAGUCGGUCUUGGUCAGAGGUUGCAAGGUUAUUCUCAGAGCGCUAUCCAGGGAGGACUUUAGGCGCGAUACAGGUACACUGGAGUACAGCCCUCAACAAGAAAGCAGAUUAACGCUUGGCAGGAAUAGACAUACAAUAUUGGCAUUCUGAACCGUUUACAAACCAAGA